AUGACUGGAGCGUGUCCAAGGGGGUCCCGGCUUGAGCAGCCCCUACAAGAUCCCCCACGUGGCGGGGGAAAGUACGGGCUAAGGGAGCUACCCCGGCGGGCGCAUCCGACACGGGUGCCAACGGCGACUCAAGCGAUUCUGCCAAAGUCACGCAGGAUCCUCGGGACCCUGGACCGAAACUGCUCGGAAAGCUCCGCGUGGCCCCACACACCGCCAGCUGCAAGUUCGCCACCACCUCGCACGCCUCCGCCAGAUUCAGAACCCGGCACAUGGUCAGCAUGGGGUCUCUCCCCGCGCGAGUGGGGGGAGGUGCAGUCGGCGCUUCGCGCGGAUACGCCGUCGGCCAGCCUGGAGUUCGGCCAACAGACAAGCGCGGCGCAGAGAAGCCGAGGACCUGACGGGGGGUACGGAACUGAGUCCCUCCCCUCUCGCACAGGCCGAUACUCGCUCAGCGUUGGCGCGCGCAGAGGAGCAACCUGGCCUGGGUCCGCGGCGAAGGGGGGACCGUUGGAUCCUGCUGGCGCCCAUUACCGCCACGACCUCCGCCAUUCCGCCGGCCUUGCCGGCCGCCCGAACCUGCCGAUUGAGGACGCGGGGGGGUCUGCUCGCGACGCCCCGAAUCCCAGCGACGUCCAGGCGACCCCCUCCCCCUCGUCACCGGAGAUCGCCGCGGAGACCGUUGCGCGGGGGAUCGCGCUCGGGGUGAGCGCUGGCCUGCCCGACCACGAGGAGACGGGUGGCGAGGAGAAUGAGGACGCCCAGGGGAUCGCCGAUCGCCCUCACCCCGCGGAUGAGCCUCGCGAUGCUCAGGAGACGGGCGCCGAGGAGAGGGCUGCCGCGGAGGCUGACGCAGAGGCGAGCGCCCGCGCUCCUGCCGUGGCUGACCGUCCGGGCGGUUCGACGCAACACGCGCAGGGGCCCACGAAUACUCCGGCGAGGUGGGGCGCGGGGCAGGCCGUUGGGGAAGAGUCAGCACCCGGUCGAAGCGGCGGACGGGCUCGCUUGCAAAGGGGUGCGCAAGGACACGCGGGCGAAGAACGCCAGGCGCAGGCUCCGGCAACGCGCUCUCCACGGAUCCCUCGAGCUCCGGAUCCCGUCUCGCGGAUGGAUCCAUCACCCCCGACCGCACCGCAGCCGACGCCAGCGCGCCGACAGAACGAGGACGAGGUGGACGUGGCGCCGCAGGCAGGGCACGUGGGAGCCGCGGGAGGGAGAGGAACGCGGGGUAUCCGCGUGGGACGCGGCAGCAGCCGCCGCGGACGACGAGGGAACGGGAGAGGACGAAGAGGUGGAGGAGCACGCGGCACGAAUCGGCACCGCACCGGCGCAAGCGGUUACGCGAGAACUGCCGAACGGCUAAUACGCGAAGGCGUGGAAGGCGGCGAGGAGGAGCACAGCGAGGAGGCGGAGGACGAAGCUGAGAAUGAAGAAAGCGAAGGGGGGUGA